AUGCGGAAGUUCGUUAGUGAAGAAGAAUAUUCCAUAGUGGUCGACGGGAGAGGAGCGCCGGCAGUCCGGAGGGAGUCCUGGGUGCAGGAGCCCAGAGGAGGUGGCGGGGGCACCGGGAGUCCAGAGGAGGAGCAACGCGAGCGCGGCAGCAGGCGGGACUCGCGCUCAGCCAGCUCCGGAGCAUGGAUGCCCAGGCCACCCGCGGGGCGUCAGGUGAGGGGUCCAGGCAUUUACCCGGUGGAUGCUCUGCAGGAUGACCUGGAGGGCCAGCAGGAGGCAGCUCUGGCUCUGGCUUACUACACUUCCCUUGGAGACGGGACUCGGCCCUCACCAGAAGCCUUUUAUCUUCCGACUGGGGAACAGGUGAAACUUGGAGCUGCAUCUGUUUGCCUUUGCACUGUUUACCGAGAUGAACCUCAACAUAAAAUACUGGUUUUGGUUAAUCCUCAGGACACAAAGACAGUGGUGGCUGUUUACUUAAAGGAGUCCUGGUGGUCUACAGAGGACGUGCUAAGAACGGCUGACCCUGCGAGAGAAGGCCUCCUGAAGGUUCAGUCCUUUGGGGAAAGGAUUGUACUUUUCAUUCUGAAUGUCAUUGUUUUUGGAAGAUUGGAGAGGAGGCUGGACGACGAUGACAUGUUUUUUUUACCUCACUCCAUGAAGGAGCAAGCUAAAAUUCUGUGGACAAACGGAGCAGCUGUUGGAUUUUACACAACUAAAUUGAAAGGCAGUCUGUGUGGCAACGGCACCAGCGCAUGCUAUCUGCUACCUGUCUUUGAUACUGUGUUCGUCAGGAGGAUGCACCGUCGCCAUGGCCUGGGAACAGCCAUGCUGAAAGACUUCUGUGAGACCUUUCAAGAAGAAGAGGCCCUGGGGAUCAGUCACCCGAUUUCUCCUGCCAUGUUCCAAGUCUGCAGGCAGUUCCUGUUGGCCUGUCCCGAGGAGCGGGGGCGCCUGUGGGAGGUGGAGCCCCCGGGAGCCUGGGAUCAGCGUGUCAACAUCUGGCUGCAGGUUCAGCUCCAGCAGGCAGGACUGCCAGAAGCAGAAAGAUGGGCUAGCCCCACCAUGUCCCUGAACCGAACCUUGACUUUCAAACCCUGCAGGCUCUUAGAAGCAGCUACAAGUAACUGGGCGAUUGCACUGCCUAGAGGUGUGUGUCUGCUGAGGGCCACACAUGCAGGCCUAGAGCCCCAACUUCUAGGGGCAGAGCCUUGGAGAAGAAGGAGAAAAGAAAGUGAUCAAGAUUGCGGAGUUGGGCUGCGCAGGAGAGCCUGCUGACCUGAGAUCUGAAGGGAAAGGAAGCCAAGGGGAUAGCGCGCUCACAGGGCUGGUGGAGGAGCCCGGCAGGAGUCUGUGCCGCCAGCUCCCGGGUCCUAACUGCGCUGGGCCUUACCUGGCAGGGGGCUUUGGGCCUUUGAGGAGAGAAAGGCCCCGGCCCUGCUGCUUUCUGACUUUCCUGUGGCAUGGGCUCCCGAACCAGGCCAACUGAGGACGGUGCUGGCUUAAGCAGGGAGCUCUCCACAAGGCUGGGGGAAUAUCCCCCAGCUCCAGAAGCCAAUUGUGUGCAGGUCUGAAGGCUUCCACGAGCUCACUUUCGUAUCCAAUACAAUUUCUCCUCCUCAGGGUAAAUUUGUGAAACUGCACUGGGACCAUGCGAGUUUCCCCAAAUAACUUCCUUCUUCAGUAUGGGCGACCUCGGAGGAGGGCCUUACCCUCCUGAUCCACGCUGUAGAAUUCCUUCUUACCUCCAGCCCUGACAUGGCCAUGAGACCCCACGUGUGUCCCUCUGUCUGUGUUCCUCCAUGUGGCACAUCUCAGGGCUUGUGUAGAGGACCUCUGCUUGGCCAUGUCGGGGUACAUUGCCUGGCCAGGUUGUCCCCAGGCCUGGUGCAUACAGCCUCCUCCUCUACACCUUCACCCCCAGCCAGGCUUAUCAUGGGGCUUGGAGCUGCUCUGGUACUAGGAGACUGGCACUGCUUUCUCUGUGGUGGGCCAAGAUGCCAAUGUGCAGCAGGAUUUUCCCCAGAGAAAGCUGCUCAGCCCUUCUGAGGUUGACAGCCCGAACUGCAGCACCUACUUCUUGGUGCAUGCAGGUCUGACCGUAUCACCGAGAAUAUGCCAAAGCCCUCCAUGGCUGACAGUGGCCUUUGAGACCCAGAGUGUCCUGCUGGCUCUGCUCCUCACCCUCUGUGCCCUGGUUGGCAGGGCCUGUGUGUGCCACCAUAUCAUCCACUGCCUUGGGCAUAUGCUUUCUUACAGACACCCACACAUACACACACACACACAUGCACAUGCACACGCACACACGCACAUACAGGCUCAUGCCUGCCUGCGAAUCUGGUCUCAGCUCAGGUGUCCCUCCUGACCACCUCCUCCUUUCCUCCCCUCAUGGUAGAACCACAGUCACUCACCACCGUGGCUCCAUGAGCCCCCACUAGCAUCAGCUUGGGUUUGCCUGAUUCCUCGUGUCCCCAGAGUUAGUGUGGCACAGAGUGGCACAGCUGUUGGGUACAGCUCAGUACAGCAGGGUUGAAUCUCUUUAGGGAUGGAUUGAAGCCCUGCUGCAACCUCAGGUUUUGACGUGCCAAGGAGACCAGCAGUAAUGUCAAAUUCUAGAUGUUCUUGUGGUCCCAAAGUGGUCAAGGACAUUCUUGGUGGGAGCUCUGUUAUGUACGAAUUUAUCCACGCAUCCAGCUGCCUAUUUAUCUAGCCACAUAUCUAUCCAUCCAUCCAGUUCCCUUCCUUCUUUCCUUUCCAUCCUAUACUUACUUCAACUACUUAUCACUAUCUAUUCUUACUCCCACUGAUUUAUAUCUCCAUUUAUCUCUCCAUCCAUCUAUUCAUCAUCCAUCCAUCCAUCCAUCCAUCCAUCCAUCCAUCCAUCCAUCCAUCAUCCAUCCUUCAUCUGUUCUGUCCUCCCUCACUUCUUUCCAUUUAUCUUCCCACAAAUGUCUGCUUCCUUCCCCUCUUUCCCUUCCCUUCCCUUCCUUUCCAUCCCCUCCCCUUCCCUCCCCUCCCCUC